GAGCAGUGGCUACAAAGUAGACAAUCCCUCGCCCUCGAGGACCAAGGACUAUACAUUCGCACAACUGACGUUUCCUCUUCGACUGCAGCGCUCGUCACCAACAUUCUUCAAGGGAAAAACACCUAUGAAGAGUCGAAAUCCUUGCCCUUACUUGUAUCAAUAGCUUGGAAUCGUGAUGAGGAUACUAUUGCUUCAAACCCUAUUAACAUUCAUUUCACGCUGAACACGCGACACAACCUCUAACCCCCCCAAGUACCACCACUCGUUCUUUUCCAACUGCUGAAUCUUCUGGUCGAGAGACCACGAAGUCGCAUUUCGCAUCAUGUUGCGAAUUCGCAGAUACCGCGCUCUUCUUAUUUUUGCCGUCUUCAUAACUGCCAUCCUCGUUCGAUUUACACAUAUAAGGGAUUGGGAAAGCUAUACUACAGGAGGCCCUGUCGAUAUCCCCGACUCGAAAUUUGCAUCAGAGAAGGGAGAACCAUACACAUACGCACCAAAUGGAGGACAUCCCAUUGCACCGGAAACUCUGAAAGAACAGCCAGAAGAGCCAUUGAAGCCGGCAGAGGAAGAAAUUAAACCGGCACCAAAAGCAGCCCAAAAGACACUCUCCACAACUAGCAGUACAUCGACUACCUCGAACGUUAUUGCGAUUCAAACAAUAGAUACAACUGUGCCGAAAUACACUCUUCCGGACAGGAAGCCACCAACCCAAGGAGUCUACGAGGAUCCAGGCUUUGAAGAUCUUCAUCCAAUUGCGCCUGAUGGAAGACAGGACUUUCCUGCGUUCUCAGCAGCACCGACCACAAUUCACUGGUCCAAGCAAGCAGAACACUUCCCGGUACCGACUGAAAGUAUUAUCAACCUGCCAACUGGUGUGCCAAUUUCAAUUCCCAGGAUCCAACAUGUUUUCAAUGAUGAGACAACGGACGCAAAAAUCACUCGGGAGAAGAGGCAAAAUAAAGUCAAGGAGGAAUUCUUGAGGUCAUGGAAAGGUUACAAGAAGUUUGCAUGGGGUCACGAUGAACUUUCCCCUGUAUCAACUAAAUUUCGAGAUCCAUUCUGCGGAUGGGCAGCAACUUUGGUGGAUGGUUUGGACACUUUAUGGAUUAUGGGAUUUCAUGACGAAUUCGAGGAGGCCGUUAAAGCUGUUGGAAAGAUUGAUUUCACCACCACGCCAAGGAUGGAGAUACCAGUAUUUGAAACUACCAUUCGAUAUCUCGGUGGUCUUCUAGCUGCAUAUGAUGUGAGUGGAGGAAAAUUUCAGGUUCUCUUGGAUAAAGCUACGGAACUGGCGGAGAUAUUAAUGGGCGCUUUUGAUACCCCAAACAGGAUGCCGGUACUCCACUAUCGAUGGAAACCAGUCUUUGCAUCUCAACCCCAUCGUGCCAGUUCGAGAUCUAAUUUGGCAGAACUGGGAUCACUGUCUAUGGAAUUCACUCGUCUUGCUCAACUUACAGGGGAACAACGUUACUAUGAUGCUGUAGCUCGAGUCACCAUCGCUCUGUCGGAAUGGCAAGAUCGUAACACGACUCAUAUUCCUGGAGUUUUCACAGAAGAUGUCGAUGCUUCAGGCUGUAAUCGUACGGCCACCAUGAAGAGAGAGAAGGAGAAAUUAGAGGCUUCAAUGGCAAAGGAAAACGCUGUUAGUAAUUCGAAGACAACAACGCUCUUGGAAGAAUCACCUGAAGGAUACCAGCCACCUUCACCAGAGAACGUAAAGGAGCCCAAGCCAAAGAAGAACCCCACCUCCGAAGAAAAGAUUUUGGAGAUGCAAGUCCUUCCGGGUGAGCCUGGAAAGGCUCGUAUUAAGGGCUGGGAGGAAGGAGGUGUGAUGAAGAGAGAUCUGGAAGAACCGGCAUCGACUGGCUCGACUACGGUAUCUUCACCGCCUGCGGCAGCAGAAGGUCUUCUUCCAGUGAGUAAAACUGGAAGCAUUGGUCUUAGUCAUAAGUUUGCGCCAGACCUCCCAAUAGUUGGUGCAUCGAGUGAGUGGGACUGCGUCAAGCAAGGGUUGGAGUCGUAUACCAUUCACGGUAGACAGAAGUUUUCGAUGGGUGGUGGACAAGAUUCCACGUAUGAGUAUUAUCCAAAGCAAUACAUGCUUUUGGGUGGUCUUGAUGAAGUGUAUAAAAAAUUGUACAUGAAGACCAUCCCUGCCAUACGGGAGCAUAUGCUCUUUCGACCAAUGCUUCCAGGAAAUGACGACAUUCUUAUCUCUGGAAAAGUCACGAGCAAUGGCAUACCGGAAGAAAAUCUAUUGAUUCCAGAGAUUACACAUCUAACAUGUUUCAUUGGAGGUAUGGUUGGAAUGAGUGCGAAGAUUUUCGGUAUCGAAGGAGAUCUCGAGAUUGCAAAGAAACUUACAGAUGGUUGCGUUUGGGCGUAUGGUGCAACUCCAUCGGGAAUUAUGCCCGAAGGAUCAGAAGUUAUUGCAUGUGAGAGUGUUGAGAAUUGCGCUUGGAACCAAACCCUCUAUUAUGAACGCUUAGACACUUCGGCAGCCUACAGAGAUGCGAAUCUUAAGGAGUAUAUCGAAAACAAGGAGAGACUUGAUGCCGAAGCAGAGGAGAUGAGUUUGAAUCCCACCGACGCUGCACGUGAGCAGAACGCGUUGGCGAAAGCAGAGGCUGUUGGCGGACCUCAAGGAUACGUUAGUCAUAAAGAUACUCCUUCUCUAGCAAAAGACUCAGCGGAGACAAAACCCGAUGAAGCAAGUGCCUUUAAACCAAAGGAUGAACCUGCAUCGCUCACAAAACGCCAAACCGGUGCCGCUGAUGGUCCCGAAAAGGAGGAUAUGUUCAAGCUGAAAUCUGCAAACACAGAAAAGGAGCUAGAAAGUAUGGCUGGAGGUCGUGAAUUGGAAAAGGGCACCAAAUCACAAAAACCACUUCCUGCAGAAACAUUGCCAGAUCCUUUACGCCCACUUUCUCACAAGGAAUAUGUUGAAAGUCGUAUUAAGCAAGAAUCACUACCACCUGGAUUUACAAGUGUACAUGCCAGGAAAUACAUUCUCAGACCCGAAGCCAUUGAAUCUGUCUGGUACAUGUACCGUAUCACGGGUGAUAAGAGCUGGCAAGAGAAAGGUUGGAAGAUGUUCGAAGCAGUCAUCAAAGCAACAUCCACUGAGUUUGGUCAUUCAGCUAUCGUUGAUGUUACAGCUGAAGAAACGUAUCAAUUGGAUGAGAUGGAAAGUUUUUGGUUGGCGGAGACGCUUAAAUAUUUUUAUCUACUUUUCUCGACGCCAGACGUUAUCAGUCUUGAUGAGUGGGUUUUGAAUACGGAAGCACAUCCUUUCAAGAGACCUACUGCCUAGGGAAUGUUAAAAGUUGGCUAUAGGAUAGAGCAUAGAUAUGCUUUUGGGUCAUACAAAAAUGGUUUGGCAUUGGGAGUUUAGUGGGUCUGGUCUGGAUUUCUGGGUGUGGAUUUUUAUUGUGUGGGCAUGAUGGGACCGCAUCCACAUUUUGUUUUGUACAAUGAUAUGGACAUGGUGAAAGGGGUACAGAAUCAGUGUCGGUUACGUAUGCGUAUGCGCAUGGAUUGGAAUGAAAUUACAUUCAGUAUACAUACCUACUUGGAGACGAGACUCUUGGGCGAUUGUAUGCAAGGACAUAUGAAUCUCGAAUGGCGUUUGGAGAUCUUGAUGGCGUGUUCAUGGUUUUGGUCUUGUUUGGAGAGACGGGGAAGGGAAGGUGAGAUGAGAUGGGAUGGGCUGGGAGGAUAUGAGUAGGAGAAUGGGAUGAAGAAUGAGAAUGGAAUGAGAAUGGAGCUUGGAUAAGAUGGGAAGGUAAUACGCCUAGAUGAGUAGGAAGAUAGGUAUAGACAGACAACCAACCAGCCAACCGAUCAAUCAAUAUUGUUAUCCA